GAGGGAGCCGGAGGGGUGGGAGCCGACGGAGGGAGCCGACGGAGGGAGCCGGAGGAGGGCGUCGAGGAGGGAGACGAGGAGGAGGUGGUCAGUGUGCGCCCCGGCCCCGCGGAGAGCGCGUCUUCCCGGCAGCCUCUCCUUCGCUCGCCUCUCGUCGGUUCGCUGUCCCGCGCCCCCAGGUCAGGAGCCAUGGCGCUGAGGGUGACGGUGAUUCUGGCGUCUGCUCUCCUUCUGCAACCUGCCGCGUCCUUCACACAUAUAGGAACCGAGUCCCCGCCCACGGUUCAGGACCUGGCAGAGGCCACCAGCAGACGCCUGUCCUCUUUGGCUAAGUCGAAGUACGUUCAUGAGGGCGACCUCCUCAGGCUCCGGCUCGUUCUCGACAACGUGACGCUGGAGGGCUUCAAAUCCAUGACGGUUCAGGAGGUGAGCUUCAACCUCCACCCGGACGACCUGUACGACGACCUGUUCGCGGGCGUGUCGCGCGGCCAUCACGAGGGCGUGGCGGCGGGCGCGGAGGGCGGCGAGGCCCACGAGGCCGACUGGUACGACGAUGGCGAGGAGGAGGCCGACGCGGAGGAGCCUUCCUGGGACGACGACCUGUACCGCUACGAGAGGUGGGAGAAGCUGGCCAUGCAGGACCCGGAGGCGGCCGAGGGCGGGGGCGCGGCCAGGGGAGGAGCCGAGCGGCGUGAGCGGCAGGGGCGUGAGCGGAAGCAGCGCCCGCCGGUCACCUCGGAGGGCCUGGUGCGCGUGGCGUUCAAGCAGGUGAAGGUGAAGGCCACGUACCAGGUGAGGGGCAGCGCGGGCGGCUUCUUCACCUUCCGAGAGGGCGGGGACCUCACCCUGGCCGUGCCCACCGUGUUCCUCACCUCGCGCCUCAACGUGACGCUGCCGGGGUUCAGCGACUCGUCCCGCCGCAGGCUCAUACCCAGGCACGGGCGCGUGAAGGUGCUGUGGGUGCACAGUGACGUCAGUAUCGCAAACACGAAGUUGACGCUACAACCAGGAGCUUACCCGCCGGAGUGGGUGCGCCAGCAGGUCCAAACGAAGCUCGAGGAACUGUCCAGCGACCUGAGCCACGGCCAUGGCGCCGUACGUCUUCUGCUCCGCCGUUGGGGGAAACUCCUGAAGAGGCUCGUCCACCGUACCGCUCGCUCCCUCGUCAAGUAGGCACGGAGGACACGUGCCACCACUGCCUCUACUGCAAUACCGAGUUGGGAAAAAUGUGGAUUUUUUUUUUCGUUGUGUAAUGCUUCACUACAGUUAUGUCAUGUGUCCAUGUCACUUCCGAGGAUGACCAUUCCAUUCAUUUUUCUUUCUUUAAACACAAUAAUCGCCUACAUUUUAAACAGGUUAUUAAUCUUAAUCUUGUCUUCCAAAUCCUUAAUUUCUAACUAUUCUCUUUACCAGACCAUAUGUAACACUUAAUUGCAUAUACAUACUUUCGUAUUUAGUUCCGUAGUGUAGGUCAUAGUUGCUGUACUUGGUUUAACAGUUCAUAUAAUAACUGUUUUAUUAACAACAAUUAUUGAACACUAUUUAUUAGUCGUCUUUCUGACAACUGCAUAUUUCAUCUGUUAUAUAUUUAGCUUCUAUGUCUGUGAAAUAGGUUAGUGGUAGAACUGGUAUGUCUAUAGUUGAAAGCUAAGUGAUGAGAAUAAAUGAGUCAUUUUGAAAAUUGUAUAUAAUGAUAUUGUAAUUAAGACUGCGUUCAAAUAAAUAUAGUUUCUUUGUAAUAAUUGUAUCAAUGAAUUGAUGUCCCCUUGUAAAAUGAAUUUUUAUUGUACAAGGAUUUGAGGCUAGGAUAUUUCUUCAAUUUCUUCAUUGUUAAUAUAGACUAUGGAUACACCUUUGCACCUUUAAACCUUGUUAGAAAUUCUUUACAUGGAAUCAAAUUGCAGUUUAGACUUGGCAACACCUCAUCUGAGAAUGAUUGAGGCAAAAUGAACUUAUCUUAUUUGUAAAAUAUGUUGCAGAUCAUUUACUGAGACAAACAGAUUUUGGAGUCUCAAGAAAUAGCUUUAAAGAUGUCUGAACUGACAGACACAGGCAGGCUUUUGUCAAAUGCAUAGC